GGCAUCCCAUUUUUGGAAACAUCAGCAAAGAACUCGCUUAAGGUCGAGGACUGCUUUAUAUCACUUGCUCGUGAUGUCAUGCAAAGGAUUGGAGAUAUCACAGACACACACGUCGGAAAUGCAGACUUGACUAAAGCACCUGCACAGGAGAGUUCUGGGUGUUGCUAA